ACUCUUUUCCAGGUGGAUUAUAGCACUGGUCCGAUAGUUUGGGGUGAGCCGGGAACAAACGGGCAACACGCCUUCUACCAGUUAAUCCAUCAAGGAACGCGGACGAUUCCUGCUGAUUUCAUCGCGCCAGCUCAAACCCACAACCCCAUCAGCAACGGUCUGCAUCACAAGAUCCUGCUAGCUAAUUUCCUGGCGCAAACUGAGGCCUUGGCCUUUGGCAAAACCGCGGAUCAAGCGAGGGCCGAGCUGGAAAAAUCGGGGCUUCAAGGGGAGGCUUUGGAAAAAAUUCUGCCCCACAAAGUGUUUCAGGGUAAUCGGCCGACCAAUAGUAUCGUCGUGAAGAAAGUGACGCCGUUCACUCUGGGGGUGCUGAUAGCAUUGUACGAGCACAAAAUAUUCACGCAAGGCGUCAUCUGGGACAUCAAUUCCUUCGACCAAUGGGGCGUGGAGCUGGGCAAACAAUUGGCCAAAGCUAUCGAGCCCGAAUUGAAGGAGAACAACCCCAUUUCGUCGCACGAUGCGUCCACUAAUGGGCUCAUUAAUUUCAUCAAAGCAAACCGCUAGAUCGGUCUAGAGUAUACUAAAUUAACGGAGCUUUUUGGUAAAAUGUCGUUUUACUUGUGGCGGACUUAUCAGGGUUUAUACUUGAGUAUUUUUUUUAUGCAGUCGAAAUCAACUGACAAUUUCAGCUCAUCAGGGAAGCAAUAAUUUCAAGUUGCCACAACUAAAGCGAUGUUUAUCGAAAAAUUGUAAUGGAGCUCAAUCCUGCAUUGGUAGACAGUCAAAAUACCCGCAUAGAGUAAUGCACAGUAAAGACAAACAGUAUCCUAA